AUUAUAGGAGAACUCAAAAAAAAAAAAACAAGCAAAAAUGCCAGUUUGCUAUGCCCAUAGGAAUUGGCCUCACUCUAGUUAUUCGCACCAAAUACAGAAGAUGCAGUAGUAGAAUAUUUUUGCGACCAAAGGAAUAUACCAGCAAUGGAUUCUUCUUCUUCUCCAAAAGCCUCGACAGUAGUUGAACUAACUGAAGAGUAUUUAGAACAACUACUGAGAUUCACUCUCUUAUCUUCUAUCGAUGAGACCCUUGAAAUCGAUUUAGGCUUAUCAAAACAGUACUGUUCUCAUCUACUCCAACUUGAUGAUACCCAACUGGAUCCAAGUUCCGAUCGUUCAUCAGAUACAUCUGGAGGGAUUCCGUUGUAUCCUUUGUAUAAGCGUCUAGCAUCAGCUUUGUUCCAGUGUAUAGCUACUGGAGAGUUUGUGAGAGAUUCCAAUGAAGUGUUGUUGAUCAAGGAAGAUGAAUCAUUGAAGCAGAAAGAAGAUGAGUGGAGUAAGAUUGUUCGAGAUCAGGGAAUGGAAUUGGUGCAGAUGUUGAAAGAUGUAGAUUAUGAAAUUGAUGUGCAAGAACCUUUCUUUACCCAACUAAGAGUUGGCCGCAAAACAAUUGAAGGGAGGUGUGCUGUCGGUGACUACAACCGGAUCGGACCAGGUUCCUUGCUUCUUUUCAACAGAUGUCUUAUACUCGAAGUUCAGGAUGUUAGACGACAUCCUUCUUUUGCCGAGUUGCUGAAAACAGAGAGUCUUGGGAAAGUUCUUCCAGGUGUAGAUACAAUAGAAGAAGGUGUUCAAAUAUACAGGAAUUUUUACACUGAAGAAAAGGAGAAGUCCAAUGGUGUCCUUGCAAUCUGUGUUUCGAAACCAAAACCUCAGCCCUAUAUUUGUCUCGGCACUAUAAUCUCUGGGUUGAAUUAUGAGGCCAUUGGUAGCCUAUUGGGAUUAAAGCAUACCACCGGAACAAUCGCUGAUGCUCUUCCUCCGCCAAGAUCUGCUGUCCUAUCUUCAUUUCUGACGCCUCAGAACCCUCAUGAAGCACCAUGACCGAGGGAGCAAGGGCCUUAGCAAAGCACGUGCACAGGGGUGGCAACAAGUGGUGGGGUAGUUUCGUUGGAAAUGGAUGAUUAUUCCAAGGGUUGUCACAUGAAUCGAGUUAGCGCUAUUAACCAUCAUGAGUGUUAAUCGAUCUUCCACCUCUUCAGAUAUCAAUAAAAACAGAAUAGCGUUGGAAGUGAUAAACCAGUUGAUAAGUAACUGUAUUUGGAUUAACAUCCAUAUAGUUCCUCCAUACGACGGUGUCCUGGAGAUACGUGUUGCUGAAGGUUAUGGUGCACGGUGGUCUAAAGAUGGUUCAAAGUUUAUCGGGUUUCUUGAACCAUACAUGGUGGACGGCCAAUCGAAGAGAUGGAGGCAUUAGGGUUUGUUACUGAAAGCAUCAAUCAGCUUUCAUUGUGUCUGACUCUAUCAUAUUACAUGUGUAAACAACUGUUUCAAACACUUGUAUGCUUUCAUUUCCAGAAGCUGAAGGAACCAUGUGUGUAAAACCCUGGUUACCAUCAAGGGAGGCUCACUGAAACCAGAAUCAACUUUACUCUGGCUGAUCUUGCUGUUGUGAUCAACAUUUUGUUUAUAUGUCAUGAUUAGUAAAAUUUAUCGUAAGAAAUCCAUGAUCAUUCUUAGUUUUUUACUUGGCUUGAUAUUUCCAUUUCCUGGACUGUGAUAGAACCUUAUUUAACAUAAGGUUGCUAAACUAGUCUGGUUUAGCAAGUUCCAACAAAUAAUGGAGACUUUAGAUGUAAACUCAACAUUGUACCAGAACUCAGAUUGAUAUUUCAUAAAUAAGAUAUAGGUAUUACAUAUUAAGAACUCCGUUACUCUUUCUUACAACUGAUCGUCAAUGGUGACCCGCACAGACACUUAUUAUGAAAAAAAGAAGUGCUUUUGAAACGCUUCAUGAUGCCUCCAGUUGGUAUCUUACCACAUAACCUGUUGUAACCUACCUUCAACUGAUUCAAACUUUCCAAAUUCUUAAUCUCAUCAGGGAUUCCACCAAAUAUUUUGUUGUGUGAUAUAUCGAACCAAUUUAAAUCCUUUGGAAACUUUACGUUUGAUAGAUCAAAC